AUGGAGAUGACAAGAGAGAGGUAUCAGUCUGCCCAGGAGGAGAAAAAGCAGCUCACCUUGAAGGUGGAGGAGCUAGAAAGAAAACUGGAGACAACGAGCGCCCAGAACAUAGAAUUCCUUCAGGUCAUAGCAAAACGCGAGGAGUCGAUCCACCAGUGUCAGCUGCGGUUAGAGGAGAAGACCCAUGAAUGUAGCUCCUUGGCACGUCAGUUGGAGAUGGCCAUUGAGGAUGCCAAAAGACAAGUGGAACAAACUCGAGAACGAGCAACGUCUAGGGAGAGGGCAGCCCAGUCCAAGCUGUUGGAUUUGGAGACACAGCUGAGCAGGAAUAAAACAGAGCUGAACCAAUUGCGUCGGAACAAAGACGAUGCAGAGCGCCGGUAUGAAAGUCGCCUGCAGGAUUUAAAGGAUCGGUUGGAGCAGUCGGAGAGCACCAACCGCAGCAUGCAAAACUACGUCCAGUUCCUCAAGUCUUCCUAUGCCACUGUUUUUGGAGACAUCCUGGAAGGAUGCAUGUCUCCUCUUGUACUCUCCGCUUACUCUGGCUGGGUGCUGGACACAGUGGUUGGGCAGUGGGCCCCAGAAACAGCACCCUCCAGAAGCUUGACACCUGAAGAGUCUGCUCCCCUCGCAAACCGGUCAUCUUCUCUGGAGAAGGUCCCGCCUGCUAGCUGCCAGGGCUCUUCACCUCUGUCAUCUACAGAGCCAAGUGAAACAAAGGGAAAUGAAGAUCUUAGUCUGCUGGAAAUGGAUCAAGAAGUCUUUCCAGCAGUUCUGCCAUCUAAAGUUACAGAAGUUGAAGGCUGCAUUCGGAUGUAUGAAGAGAUGCACAGGCUGAAAGGAAAGGAGGGGCUAAGGCAACGGCAGGAGCAGCAAGAACAGAUGGUGAGGGCAGUGUACGACCUGGCAAGUGAACAACUGAAGCGCUUUGAUGAACUGAAGGAGCUAAAGCAGCAUCAGGAGUUCCAAGAUUUGCGAGAAGUAAUGGAGAAGAGCUCAAAGGAGGCUCAGGGACAGCAGGAGAAGCUGAAGGAAGAACACCGACACAGAGCAAAGGUAUUAAACCUAAAACUGCGUGAGGCAGAGCAGCAACGUCAGCGUCAGGAAGAGCUGGAGCGUUUGCGUAAGGAAGAGGGCCAGGAAAGAUUGCGUCGCCUUUAUUCCAUCCAGGAGGAAGUGCUGCAGCUGAACCAGCAGAUUGAUCCCAAUUACAGACACAAAGAUUUGCCAAGAAUCGAUCUUUCUACAUACAGUAAUCGUGGCAACCAGAUCUGUGGGCUGGUGUCAGGACUCAUCCGCACCACAAGUGAGAGAGGUUUCCCUACUCAAGUAGAUGUGGCCAAUACUGAACGAGCACUGCAGGAGAUGCGAGGGCUGAUAUCCAGCAUGCAGCAAGAAAUCACUGCAGCUGUGGAAGAAAAAAGGAGGAGGGAUGAAGAGGAAGAGGGACAGAAGCAGAAAGAGUUACUGAAAAAAGAGCAGAUGAAGGCUCAGACUCCUGCCCCUGCACAGCAGUCAGGUGGAAAGCAGCAGAAGGAAGGACUUCAAUUCAAGGCAGACAAAAGUACCAUGCAGUGGUACCAGCAGCUUCAAGAUGCUGCUGAGCAGUGCGUUGCUUCUUUCAGUGGACUCAGCAACUGCAAAGACAACAGUGAGGUUAAGAAGAUAAAAACAGACUUGCAGAAAGCAGCUACGAUCCCUGUGAACCAGAUCUCUAGAAUAGCAGGCUCUCAGCUGAGAGGGAUAUUUGACAAGAUCAAUAACCUGCUCUCUGGAAAGUCUGUUCAGAGUGGAGGGCGAACUGUAUCAGUGACUCAGCAUCCGCAGGGUCUGGAUUUUGUUUUUUACAAACUUGCGGAGAAAUUCGUGAAUCAAGGAGAAGAAGAAGUAGCUUCUCACCGUGAUUCAGCUUUCCCGAUUGCUGUGGUGGCCUCAGGAAUCUGGGAAAUGCACCCUCGAGUUGGAGAACUCUUUUUAGCUCAUCUGCACAAAAAGUGCCCCUAUUCUGUGCCAUUUUACCCUGCAUUGAAAGAGGGGACUUCUAUGGAAGAUUAUCAGAGGAUGCUUGGAUAUCAAGUUAAGGAUUCUAAGAUGGAAGAGCAAGAUCAUUUUCUUAAACGGAUGUCAGGAAUGAUUCGUCUUUAUGCUGCUAUCAUUCAACUCCGGUGGCCUUACGGAAACAAACAAGGGACGCAUCCUCAUGGGCUGAACUAUGGAUGGCGCUGGCUUGCUCAGAUGUUGAAUAUGGAGCCUCUGGUAGAUGUGACAGCUACACUUCUCUUUGAUUUUCUGGAGGUGUGUGGCAACGCUCUCAUGAAAGAGUAUCAGAUGCAGUUCUGGAAAAUGAUGUUACUUAUGCGAGAAGACUAUUGCCCAAGGAUUGAAGCAAUUACCAGCUCUGGACAGAUGGGCUCUUUAAUGCGUUUCAAGAAGUUCUUGGAGAAAUGUCUACAGCAGAAGGAAAUUCCAUUACCAAAGGGUGCUCUGCAGUCUUGCUUUUGGAGGUCAUAA